UUCUGGUAGAAUAAUAAUGACUCCAAAUUUAACUUAAACCGCCACAUUAUUAUUUUACAACGCAGAAAACGGCGAGUAUCAGGUCAAGCAAGAAACGGAUUGUGGGAAGGAUAUUACUCCUUUUGUCUUUUAUAAUCCUGAUUGCAUUUGAUCCCCCGAGGCCAAGAGUUCCUGAUUCCUUAGACGAAAGAUCGCAAUCUCUCGAACCGAUAAGCUCGUAGACGUAUUGAAAUACGUACACACGUUGAAGCUGGUUCACUGAUCGACCGGUGGUUGGUGGCGGUGUGAGGUGGAUCUCAGAUCAGGCUUGUGAUCAAUGGCGGAGGAUAAGUACAAUCUGAAGAAUCCGGCGGUGAAGAGGAUCCUUCAAGAGGUGAAGGAGAUGCAGUCUGAUCCUUCCGAUGAUUUCAUGAGCCUCCCUCUCGAGGAGAAUAUAUUCGAGUGGCAAUUUUCUGUAAGGGGUGCUUCUGGUACGGAAUUUGAGGGUGGGAUUUAUCAUGGAAGGAUCCAGUUGCCUUCAGAAUAUCCAUUUAAGCCUCCUUCAUUCAUGUUGUUGACUCCAAACGGCCGUUUCGAAACAAACUUUAAGAUAUGCUUAAGCAUAUCUAAUCACCACCCUGAGCAUUGGCAGCCUUCAUGGAGUGUGCGGACUGCUCUGGUUGCACUCAUUGCAUUCAUGCCUACAAACCCAAAUGGUGCAUUGGGCUCACUGAACUAUUCACCAGAAGAGAGGCGUGCCCUGGCCAUCAAAUCUCGUGAAGCAGCUCCCAGAUAUGGGACUCCAGAACGUCAGAAGCUCAUCGAUGAGAUCCAUGAGUAUAUGCUAAGCAAGGCACCCCCUGUUCCUCAACUCAGCACUUCAAAGGAUGCUGAAAAGCAAUCUGUCGAUAGAGAAGGUGAAGUCCAGGGUAGUUCUGAAGAUGGUGCUGCCAUAGCUGUUACUGGGGAAAUACUUCCGGAUCAGGCUGUAGGUGAUAGGAUUAUCGAAGAAAACCAGGAACUUCCUGUGAACACUAUUGCCGUUCCUGCAGCAGUGAGAGUACCUGGAGAAGUUCCAACCAGAGGCUCAGCCAGUGAGCCAGUGCAAAGGCCAGAGGUGAGGGUUCAAAGAUCAGCUGAUGAUCGUUUGUUUACUUGGGCUGCCGUUGGACUUACCAUUGCAAUUGUGGUCCUCUUGUUGAAAAAGUUCAUGAAAGCUAGCGGACACAGUGCCAUGUUCAUGGAUGGAGGGUCGUAGAUAUUAUGCAGACUUUUCCGUUCUAAUGCCACGCAAUACGGUACGUGGAAGGGAAAAAUUAUCAUAGAUCAUCUUCCUCAUAAUUGACCAACUUGUAAUUUAAAGUCAUUGUUUGUGUUUGAUAGUAUAUAGAUCAACUAUAUUGCGUUGGUUAAUGCAUCCUAGUUUAAGAACCUGUCAAUUGAUGUUCAUGUUUUGAUAUAAUUGCAUGAAGCCUGUAUCUAUAUGUGCCACAGAGUCCAAUCCUCCUUUCUUUCUGC